AUGUCUGAGGUCCCGCUAUAUAACUCCCUGCGCGAGAAACUUCUCAAAGAUGAAGUCGCGUACACACUCUCCGUCAAACUGGUUCGCAGUGUGGAGCUUCCCAUGAUGGCCAAAACAGCCGGUUUUGACGGCAUCCUCAUUGACAUGGAACACUCAUCUCUCGACUUGGACACCACCGGCCAAUUAUGCAUAGCAGCUUUAUAUGCAGGCAUUGCACCCAUAGUCCGUGUCCCUUCUAAAGACCAGUUCUUCAUCUCGCGGGUACUCGACGGCGGCGCCCUUGGCGUGAUCGUACCACACAUCCGCACCGUCCAAGACGCAAAGGACGUCGUCGCAGCAGCAAAGUUCCAGCCGCAAGGUCACCGGUCGAGCACGAACGGCUUGCCCCAUUUCCAGUUUAGAAGCAUUGCGGCCAAGAAGUCGAACCCGGUAGUGAACGCCAACACGCUAGUGAUACCCAUGGUGGAGACACUGGAGGCCGUGGAGAUCGUCGAGGAGCUAGCUGCACUUGAAGGUGUCGACUCAUUACUGAUUGGCACCAAUGAUAUGACGGCCGAAAUGGGGAUCCCGGGAGACUACGAGAACCCUAGGUUGACGGAGGUGUAUCGCAAGACGAUAGAUGCGUGCAAUAAGCAUGGAAAGUGGGUCGGUUGCGGCGGACUACAUGCACGGCUUGAUCUUAUCGAAAAGUUUUGCGAGAUGGGCGUGCGAUGGGUGAUGGCGGCUACAGAUGGGCCGUUGCUCCUUGGUGGAGCCACGAAGAGGGCGGCAGAGAUGAACGAGCUUUCUCAACGAGUCAAGAAAUCCGGCGGAGCCAACCCUUGGGUAAAUGGCUCGGGUGAAAAGGUUUCAAAUGAUGUAAAGGCUUCAUUCAGUGCGGCUGUCCAGGAAGUAUUUCCUGCAGCGAACGGGGUUGCCUCAUAG